UCCAGUCAACGUUGAUUUAUCAAAACAAAAGUCAUGGCCUACGUGUGACAAAGUGAGUGGAAUAAGUUUCAAGAUAAAGAUACAACACAAUUCAUGAAAUUCAUAUUCAUUGAAUGAACAUAGAGUGCUAACAAAGGAAUCAUGGUUUACGUAGGACAGGGAGGUCAAAUGUUGGACUCCAGGUCACCAUGGAGAUUAUCAGUCAUUCCAGAAUUAUUUUGGUCCAUAGUUAACUUCUUUGUUUUGUUUUUUAGAACUCUCAUAAAUCCAAGUCUUUCAAAGGAAGGAAGUACAUAUUCUAGAGACUACAGAUCUGGGGGUGGUGGCGGUCCACCAGCACCACCUAGAAGAAGGAUGGGAGGAUUCAGAGGAGGUGGAGGUGCACCAAGUCCUCCACCAAUGGGAGGUGGAUGAGGUCGGUAAAUGAUCCAGAUACUCUGAGGCCUCAGAAAGCCUUGUAUACUGGAUCCCUGUUCAGUGGUCUUUGAAGAAAUAAACAAGGAAUAAAGAUGCCAUUAUGCCAACAGAACUCUUAUUUAUGAAGCCAUUAUGCCAAAAUAGAUCUUUUUCAUGAACUUUGAAACAUACAUAUAUAAAGGGAGAAUAUUUGUUGCAUGUUAGCAAGAAUUUUUUAAAGUUUCAAUGUAUUUGUAAUAGAUAUCUCCAAAUUGAAUUAUUUAUGCAUGUAUAUAUUUCAGAAUUUACCAUUUUUUAAUUCUUAAAAAAACCUUAGGCAACAGUACCAAUAUAUCUCAAACCCUUUGUUGUUUUUGUAUUUUAACAUCUCUAAAUACUAAGUCUUUUUAGAAGGAUGUACAAGAGACAGACAUUUUUAUUCUCUAUGGCAUCAAUAAAUAAACAUGCACCGUGAGAAAAUACUGGUUAUGUGAACUUUGUAAAACGUUCUUCUGAAUUUGGUAUAAACAUUUAUAUAUAUUUAUUUUAUAAAUAACCAUGUAUUUCUAAUAAUAAAGGACAAUUUAUUACAUUUAUUUCACAAAGACCAGCACAUUACUACUUGAAUUGACUUUUGAAAAGUCGAAUGACAAGUUUUCUAUAAACUUCAUCAGAAGUAAGGAAACUUUGAGGUAUUCAGGUUUUAAUGUGUUUCUGUUAUAAUUUGCCAAACGUUGUGAUAUAUGUAUAUUGUUAUGUUGAAAUUUUUACAUAAAAUCUUUAUUCUACAAAAAAAAAGUCCAGAUAAUCUCAUAUUUUUAUCAUCACUCUAUACAGUGUAAUAAUUGUUUAGUUCAUUUUGUAUAUAUAUCUUCAUUUAAAUAUACAAUUUGUGUAGGUGCAUAUUUGAACUGCAUUGCCAAAUGAUCAUGUAGAGAUAAAAAAAGCUAGUCUAUCAAAUGUUUGCUUUCAAAAGGAUUACCUGAUUUGCCAUUUUGUCUUUACUAUGAGAAUUUUAGUCAGUAAAGCCUGUUUGACUGAUACAAAGUUUAUUUUCUCUGCAGAAGUUUGAGGUUUACAUGUUGCUAAAAUUAUCAUUAUUUAUUAAGUAAAGAUGCUUAUCUCUUAUGCAUAUUUAGUUAAUAUGUGCAAUAGUUAUCAGCAAUUUUGCAGGUUUAAUUUAUGAUACUGGUAUUUUCUGACAGUAUCAUUAUUCCUAUUGCUGUUUUAUUUCGGAGCUUGUAAAAUGUAUACAUCUUUUUGGUUGUAAUGAAAUUAAUUUCAAAAAACAGUUUUAGCAGUGCAUUCAUUAUUUUGUGUCUAAUAUACUAUUGCCAAGCAAACCACCCUUGAAAAUUUUUAUUUUUUAAAAGAAUAACUAAUUUUGUUAGAAGAUCCUGAAAAAAUGGAUGGCAUUAAAAUUAAAGCUCUACAGUCAUGUGACUGGUCAAAUAUGGAAAAUUGAUUGUUCUCAGUAUCAUGCAGUUUACAUAGGAUGUAGGAAAGUAUUUGUAUUUUUUCAAGUAUAAUAAAUCAGGUAGGCUGUUUGCUAAUCUCUAUUGUAUGUAUUAAUUAUCAAAAUUAAAAUCUGUCAUCUAGCCCAAUCUUUUGAUGUUUAUUGUCUCAUGUGCAUUUAAUCUAGUUUUUGUUGCUUGUAUAACAACCAUUAACUUUGUAAUAAUUUUGUGCAGACACCAUUUUCUUGUUUCUUCUUCCUUGUAUUUUAUCAUAUGUAAUAUUGAUAUUUAUGUAAUCUUUGUCAUGUGUUGAAAGUUCUGACAGUUAGGUAUUAUAAUUGAAAUGUAAUUUUUUGGGAUUAAGGUUUUGUAUCUAUGAUGGUUGUCUGUACACAAAGUGUCUCAUUCAUGUAUAUUUAAAUGUCUGGAAUUAAUUAGAAUCAGACUUAUGUGUAUUGCAAUCAUACCAUUAUCACCUGAUAUAUGUGGAAAAGAAUGUUUUAUAGCUGUAAAUAAAGGGAUUUUAUCAUG